UUUAAUAUAAUUUUCAUUUCUCUAGAUUUCUUUUUUUAAUCGUUCAUCACUUUCAAAAAGAAAACUACAAAAAAACUACAAAAAACUACAAAAAACUACAAAAAACUACAAAAAACUUCAAUCACCAUUCAAUUAUUGAUCCCUCUCUGUUUUGAAUUCAAUCAUCAAUUUUUUACCAAGAAGAAAAAACACAGCAGAAAAAUAAAUAAACCAAACCAAAAACAAAAUGAAUAAUUUUCAAUUAUUGUUACCAUAUGAAACAAACAAUCCAUUAUCACCAAAUUAUAGUUUUAUAUUUAAAUUUGAAAAUGAAUUUCAUUAUCAAAAACAUGUUAAUUGGAUGCGUAAACAUUGGUUUGAUUCAUUUUAUUGGUCAUUUCUAUAUUUAUUAUUUAUUUAUAUUGGCCGAAAUGUAAUGGAAUCACGAUCGAAACCAUUUCGUUUACGUUACCCACUAAUAAUAUGGAAUAUAAUAUUGGCUACAUUUUCAAUUGCAGGUACUAUACGUGUUUGGCCUGAAAUGAUACAUAUAUUAAAGAAUUAUGGUUUUUAUCAUUCUGUUUGUUCAAAUUCAUAUCAUAAAGAGGUACCAAUAUCAAGUUUUUGGACAUAUUUAUUUGUAUUAUCAAAAUUACCCGAAUUAAUUGAUACAAUAUUCAUUGUAUUACGUCGUCAGAAAUUAAUAUUUUUACAUUGGUAUCAUCAUGCAACCGUAUUAAUAUUUACAUGGUAUUGUUAUGCAGAUGAAACAUCAGUUGCACGUUGGUAUGUUUAUAUGAAUUUUUUCGUACAUGCAAUGAUGUAUUCAUAUUAUGCUAUACGGGCAUUGGGUAUACGAUUACCUAAACCAUUGGCAAUGACCAUUACAAGUGCACAAAUAGUACAGAUGAUUAUCGGUUCAAUUGUUACAUUUUAUGCAUAUUAUAUACGAGUAUCUGGUCGUGAAUGUGGUAUAUCAAUGGAUCGUCUUUAUGCCGGCCUGGCUAUUUAUAUUUCUUAUUUGAUGUUGUUUGCAAAUUUUUUUAUUAAAUCAUAUUUAUCGAAAACAACAACAACAACAACAACAACAAAAACAACAACAACAACAAAUGGCGAUAUGAAAAAAGUUCAAUAAAUCAACAACAACAAGUGAAUCUCAACCCAGAAACAAACGGAAAAAUUCAAUUUCUCUUCAAUUUCUCAAUGUAGUUCUCUUUUUUGCCUAAUAUAAUACUGAUAUUGCUAUAGUUAUACUCUCUCUUUUUCGUUGAUUAUUUUCAAAGGUGAUUACAAAAGUGAAAAA